AUGGCUGUCACCAGCGCUGUUGCUCGGCCGGCUCUUGCGUCUGCGCUGAGCUCCUGUCGGCGGCUUGCUUCUCAAGCCGCUGUCGAAGGAAAUGGGGCCGCGUCGCUAGUCGUGGCGGAGGAAGAGGAGUGCGAGGGGGAGGCGGAGGACGGGUACUGUAGCGCGCAGGAGUUUAGCAGCGAAGAGAAAGAACUCGCGGUGGACGAUUUGCGCGAUUCGCGCGCAGAGGAGCCGCGGAAAGAACAGCAGGCGGCGUCGCCAGUGAUUACGUGGCAGCUCGUGGUUGGUCUGGUGCUGCGGCACAAACUGCGGCUGGUGGGGCUCGCCGUGGGUCUCAUCGCGGGGACGACGUGCAACGUGGUGCUGCCGCGCAUCAACGGUAACUUCGUGCAGGCGCUCGUGGCGCCCGUGCCCGUGCCGCUGGCGCAGCUGCUGCUACCAAUUGCGGCGAUCUACGUGCUGGAGCCGGCGGCCACGCUGCUGUUCGUGUCGUCGCUCUCCGCCGUGUGGGAGUCCGUCAUGGCCGCCGUCCGGGUCCGCGUCUUCCGCCGCCUGCUGCUGCAGAAGGUGGCGUUCUACGACGCGCACAAGGUGGCGGCGCUGAGCGGCGUGCUGUCGUCGGAGCUGGGGUUCAUGGACAAGGCCGUCACCGACAACGUCACUCGCGACCGCGGCCUCCGCUCCAUCUGCGAGGUGGUGUCAACACUGGCGAUCCUGUUCGUGAUCGCGCCGGACCUGGCGCCCGUGUUCUCGCUGCUGGCGGUGGGCAUCUCGCUCAUCGCGGGCAUCUACAAGCGCGGCACGCUGCCCGUGUUCGCGCGCAGCACCGCCACCCAGGCGCGCAUCACCGACUCCGCCACCGAGACCUUCCAAGCCAUCCGCACCGUACGGUCGUUUGGAGGCGAGGCGCGGCAGCUGGGGCGGUUCGCAGGCCACGUGGCAGAGGCGCGGGAGACGGGCACGCGGCUGAGUGUGCUCAAGUCGACCAACGAGGCGCUGACACGUGGCUGCGUGUACAUCUCCCUCAUGUGUGUCUACAUCCUGGGCGGGCACAAGGUCCAAAUGGGCGUGAUGGCAGCGGGCACGGUGCUGGCGUUCGUGGGCUACACCUUCCUCCUCACCUUCGCUAUCCAGGGGCUGGUGAACACCAUGGCGGACGUGCAGAACGCGCUCUCUGCAGUGGCGCGCAUCAACGCCCUCCUCUCCGCCUCGCCCCCCGAACCCAACCUCUCCAUCCCCGAACCGCUCCCGGACCUCUCCGUGCCGCUUCCCCCCUCCACCCCUUGCCCCGAGCCGGCGGCCGUGGGGGUGGUGGGAGAAGCGGAGGAAAAGGAGGGGCUGAUUGCGGUGCAGAGAGGGAAUGGAGCGGUGGUGGGGGGCGGGAAGGGGUUGUCGGCGUGUGAGCUGGCAUGGACGGGCGGCAUUGAGUUCAGAGACGUGCGCUUUGCGUAUCCGCAGCGGGCGGCAGUGGAGGUGAUAAAGGGCAUCAAUCUCGUGCUGCCACGUGGCACUGUCACAGCGCUCGUGGGCGGCAGUGGCGCGGGCAAGUCCACCGUCGUGCAGCUGCUCUCCAGGUUCUAUGAGCCGGUAGCGGGCACGAUAUCACUGGCGGGCGAGGACAUAGCAUCAUUCGACCGCACGCAGUGGACGCGCGCUGUCUCACUCGUCAGCCAGGAGCCCGUGCUCUUCGCCAUGUCCGUGCGCGACAACAUUGCCUAUGGCCUCCCAGACGCUGACGUGGCAGAGGCUGACGUCAUCAGGGCUGCCAAGGCGGCCAACGCCCAUGAGUUCAUACUGAAGCUGCCCCAGGGGUACGACACGAUGGUGGGGGAGAGGGGUGGGCUGCUCAGCGGCGGCCAGAGGCAGCGUCUCGCAAUAGCGCGAGCGAUACUGAAGGACGCGCCGAUUCUGAUUCUGGACGAGGCCACGAGUGCACUCGACAGCGUGUCGGAGCGACUCGUGCAGCAGGCACUGGAGGGGCUCAUGCAGGGCCGCACGACGCUGGUGAUAGCGCAUCGGCUGAGCACGGUGCAGGCAGCAGAUCAGAUCGUGGUGAUGGCGGCCGGCCGGCUUGUAGAGAGGGGGACACACGCCCAGCUCGUGGCACAGGGGGGUGCUUAUGCCACACUGGUUAAUGCGCAGCACUUGACGUUUGAGUAG